GGCCACUGCUAAAGCUUUUUACACACUUUCUCUGAAAAUACCCAUUGAAGUUUUGAACCCACCAACAUAUUAAAAACCCAACACAGCCCUUACACUCUGCAAUUAACUCCUCUCUCUGUUCUCUCUCUGUUUUCACUUUUUUUUUUGUUCUUUUUUUUCUCUUUUUUGCCCUCUGUCUCUCAAUGGACUUUCAUCUGAAGCAAUGUAGAAACCUGGGGGAGUCAGAACAACAACAUUCUGGAAAGAUAUCCAAGUUUCUUGCUGAACCCUCUGCUUCUGCUUCUGCCCUUUCUUUGUUUGUACCUGAUUCCGACUCCAAAACUUCCUCUUCUACGAUCUUGUCAGCAUUCCCAGAUUAUUCAACUUCUUCCACCACUGCUACUGCUGCUGCAUUACCAAACAGGAUGUGGGGGUAUUUCAGUGUGGCUCAAAGGCAGGAGCUUGAGCUGCAGGCUCUCAUUUUCCGGUACAUGGUGGCCGGCGCCGCCGUCCCGCCGGAGCUCCUCCACUCGAUCAAGAAGAGCCUCCUCUCCUCCACCCCCUUCUUCCUCUACCACCCUCUUCAACAUUUUUCUCACUAUCCCACUUCUUUAUUGCAAGCAGGGUACUGGGGCAGAGCCGCCAUGGAUCCGGAGCCCGGCCGGUGCCGGCGAACCGACGGCAAAAAAUGGCGUUGCUCCAGAGACGUGGUCGCCGGRCAGAAGUACUGCGAGCGCCAUAUGCACCGCGGCCGUAACCGUUCAAGAAAGCCUGUGGAACCCACCACCGCCGCUACCGGAGCCGGAGCCGGUGGCGGCCAUCUCGGUUCCAACACCAACCGUGUUAGUGGUCGGGCUUUGCUGACUGCGGAAAGUGGGAAUGGGAAUUAUUUCUCCCUCUCUGGACAAUCCCCAUCCGUUGAUCUUCUCCAUCUCAAUCAACGUGGCUGCUCUGAUUCUCUGCCGGAGAAUAAGAAUUUCUAUGAAUCCCAUAAGGGAGGCUCCGCCGGCGACGGCGACGGCAAAUCCGAUGGCCACAUUUUGAGGCAUUUCUUCGAUGAUUGGCCGCGGUCCGACCACGGCAGAGUUAGCAACAACAGCCAACAACAAAUGAAUUCCGCGUCCGCUUCGACCACUUCCCUUUCGAUUUCGAUAAGUGGGAACCCGUCGAUGUCGUCCGACGUGUCGUUGAAAUUGUCCACCGGGGGAAGCUCCGAUCAAGUCCCCGGUGGCAGCAGCGAUGGCUACCGUAUUGUUCAUCAAGAGGGCAACGCUGAUCGAGAGCAGGUGCAGUUGAACUGGGCGGCAGGGUGGGCUGCCACGCAGAUGGCGUCGAUGGGCGGACCGCUGGCGGAGGCGCUCCGCUCCUCCGCUAAUUACGACUCGUCGUCGCCGACAAGUGUGCUGCAUCAGUUGCAAAGAGCAACCACCUCGGAAGCUAGCUUUAUUAGCACUUGAAAUGUUGCAACUUCUAAUUUGCAUUUACAUGACCUAUAAUACUUUGUUUGUUUCAUCAAUGCUUCUAAUUUGGUUGCUUUGGAUA